AUGUUUCUAUCGUCGUUUGCAGAGCAGAGCUGGGAAGACCUUGUCGAGUGGGACCUUCACUAUGCUCUAUACCUUGCUAUGCAAUUUGGCCAUGAUGAGAGUUUCCGUAUGAUUUCACGGAGCUUGGCGGUAUUCUGUCCUCCUCGGAAUGGCAGUUCCAGUCCUGCUCUAUGGGCUGGCAAGAUCACGGAGCACUUUGUUCACAUUGCCAUUGUGCCGGUACUUCAAAUCAAGGAGGCCGGAGAGGUGGAUCUGGACUACGUGGAUCCUGAAGCUGCUGAAAUCCGUUCCGAGUGCCGUUUCCUGACACAGCUUUACGAAGACUUGGACGAUAUCGUCAACAGCAUUGAAUUCUCGAUCUACUGGUUUUGA